CUUUAUCUAUACCUUACUUCACUUAUAUUUUACCUUCAUCUAUACUUUACUCCAUUUACAUUUUACCUUAUCUAUACUUCACUUAUAUUUUAGUCUCAUCUAUAAUUUAUUUCAUUUAUAUUUCACCUUAUCUAUACUUUACUUUACUUAUAUUUUACCUCAUCUAUACUUUAUUUCAUUUAUAUUUCACCUUAUCUAUACUUUACCUUACUUAUAUUUUACCUUAUCUAUACUUAUCUAUACCUUACUUUACUUAUAUUUUACCGUAUCUAUACUUUACUUCAUUUAUAUUUUACCGUAUCUAUACAUUAUCUUAUCUAUAUUUUACCGUUUUGAAUUCAUUUGAUAAUAUUUAGUAGUAAAAACAUUUUAAAUAACUUUUUAUUCAAUUAUUUCAAUUUACUUAAAA